AACGUAUUUUUGACGCGAGAUGGAAGAGUGAAGCUAGGAGACUUUGGAAUAGCAAAAGUUCUGAACAGCACGUUAGAUCUUGCUCGUACUUGCAUUGGAACUCCAUACUAUUUAUCGCCGGAAAUAUGCGAAAAUAAACCCUACAAUAACAAAAGUGAUAUCUGGGCUCUGGGCUGUGUAUUGUACGAAUUAACAACGCUCAAGCAUGCAGUAAGUAAAUUUUCGAAACUUGCAAUACUUUCAGUUCGAUGCUGGAAAUAUGAAAAAUCUUGUAUUAAAAAUUAUCAGGUAAUGUGA